AUGAACAUCAUACUUUACAAUUAUCUUUUGACCUCAAUACUACUACGUUGCGCGUGGGUAUGGUGGAUAUGGCAGGCAGCGCUUGUCGUCUCAGCACAGCCGAACAUAGAGUUUUCGGGGGUCCCUCAAAUACUCAUAGGCGGGAAAUACAACGGGAUAUCAAAAUACGAUGGUGUGCUUAGAGGGGACAGGGAAUCCUUUGAUGGUCGAGCUACGUCAGUAUUCUUGACCCAAUUACCCAAUGGCACGUUUCAAUUCGAAGGAUCGACCUCUCCCGGUGGGACAAUAAAUGCUAUGUGUAUAAUUCCUCGUUCUAAUGAUGACAUUUAUAAUAUUGAUGUAUAUGUCGCUGGAAAUUUUAGUAGCAUCGGUAAUGAGACCAGCGGAAUAAAUAAUAUUGCACUAUAUAACCCCAAGAAUCAAACAUUCAGUCCGCUAUUGGAUGGGUUGGAUAGCACGGUGUAUACAUUAUACUGUGAUGCAAAGAACAAGAUAGUGUAUGCGGGGGGUGACUUUUUGGCACCGGUGAACCCGACUGCACAUGGUAUUAAUGGUACGUCAUUUGGUGGGAGUGUGGCUCUGUGGCAGGAUGGAACGUGGAAAACGUUGCCAUUCAAUGGAUUCAAUGGACCUGUGUAUGUAAUUACGAAUAAUGAACAGAAUAACACAAUCUAUUUUGGAGGAAGGUUCAGUGCCACGGGGGAUGGUUCCUUUGGAGUGUCAAAUAACACGCAACCAAUUAAUAUAAAAAAUGCCACGAUUGUGGGUGGCAGUUCUACAACACUGAAUGGCUUUAGUGAUCCGUCGGUGAUGGUAUGCAGUGGAGAUCUUGAUGGUCCAGGCAAUACAUGGUUGUUGCAAGAUAGAAUGCCUGGAUUCUGGAGAGCAGGAUUUGACAUUGGCUUGACGCCCACAUCAAUUGGUCUUAGAAACACCAAUUAUCAAGGGAGGGGGACCAAGUCCUUUAGAUUGUUAUCCUCGCCAGAUCAAAGCGUUGUACCGUUGACUUAUGUUAACUCUACAACCGGAAAUGUGGAAAAUUGUUCAUCCACCUGUCCUUUGGAUUCAAACAAUCGAGUUUACCAAAUAUUUAACUUUGAUGGACCUUUUAAUUUGACUGGAUUCGAAAUUGACAUAUUGGAGUGGUACGGUGAAGGCGGUGGACUUCAUGGGAUUCAAUUAUUCCAGACCGAUAUUGUCGUACGUGCUGCCAAUGAUCUUGGCUUUCCAAGUUGCUUAAACAUCCCGUUUUCCCCAUCAGUAAAAACCGAAGGAAAUUGGACCUCCAGAUUAUUGUCCGGAAUAUGGGAAUAUGUAUUGUCGACAACAAUUCCAGCGUCGCAGCUCACCAGCUCUACCGCAAAAGUAACCUUAAUUCCCUACAUUCCGGAAUCUGGUUAUUAUAAUGUUACACUGUUCACUCCAAGUUGCUUGCCCAUUGGAUGUUCCUCUACCACGUCCAUUGAUGUCAAAAUAACCGUGAUGCCCAAUGUGACUAUAACUGUCACCUUAGCGGAAAAUUCUACGGACGAGUACCGUGAAGAUGCUAUCUAUAGUGGCUACAUAGUUUCCACCUCGAAUGCUUUUCAGCCGCGGGUCGAAAUCACCGUAUCUCGGACAGCACAACCGCCUGCCGAUGGAGGUGACGCCGUGAUAUAUGUUGAUCGCGUACUGUUCAAACCUACUAAUAUCAGUCAUAAUACACUGAGUGGUUUACUCCAGUACACGCCGUCAUCAUCAGAUGUGCAAGCCUCAUGGUACGGACUUCACGGGACACUAGCACUCGGAGCAACGGUUUCAGAUAUAGCGGUAUUGUCACCUUCGGAUAUCAUUGUAGGGGGUAGAUUUGAAAAUAUGACAUUCUCCAACAUUGUUCAAUACGACGGAUCCAAUUUCAUUUCUCUCCCCAAUGAAGGUCUCAACGGACAUGUCAAUGCGGUGCUUCAAGUGGGUGACGAUUUAAUAGUUGGCGGAUUGUUCAAUGGCACGACACUAAGCAACAUCAAUGGAUUAAAUAAUCUUGCAAUAUUCGACACCAAGAAAAAGUCAUGGCGCGCAAUGGGCGGAGGCGUGAACGGCGAAGUGACGCGCUUGGGCCUGGUCAAUAAAUACAACUCAAGUCAAGUUCAUGUGAUUGGCAGGUUUAAUACAUUGAUAUCAGAACACAAUGCGACAUUUGGAAAUGUAACAUUUGGUCACGCGGUAUGGGACGACAGCAUCAAUAAUUGGGUCACAUCAGCUUAUGUAGAAGGUUUAGUGGGCAGCGUGAUUCCCUAUUCAUUGCCGAAUACUCAACCCGUCAUAAGUUUCUGGGGUGGAAAUAUAAUUUCUGCACUCUCUGUCACUUCAUUUGGUGGGAGUUUGAUAACCUCAUCUGGAAUUAAACCUUUGCCCAUAUUUCCACAGUCCAAUGCUCCUGAAGUAAUUAUAAAUGCUGCCAUAAUAUAUAAUUCCACGGAUUCUAGUAAAUCAUAUGUGAUAGUUGGUGGAAAAUUUAAGCUUGAUAACUUGACGAACAUUGCAAUAUUAAAGGAUAAUGUGUGGAACACGGUAUCACUUGAUGUAAUAGAGGUUAGAGCGUUUGCAGUAUUUAACAACGUUUUGUAUAUUGGGAGUGCGGUGAAUGGCAGUUUGGACACGAACCCAGCAUUUGCUUCUUAUGACCUCACGAAUUUUAAGAUGAUUCGAACUCAACAACUAUUUGCCAACGACAACCUGGUCAGAGUGAACAUCAUAAAAAGUCGCGUUGGAACAGAUGACCUAAUAGUAACGGGUAAAUUCGAAAAGGCUGGAUCUUUAGACUGUAAGUCUAUAUGUUUAUGGGAUUCCAAAAAAGAACAAUGGAGAUCACUUUCCAACAAUGGUAUCUUGGGCGAAGUUCUGUCUAUUGAUUUCAUAGGGAACGAUAAUAGUCAAAACACACUGGUGGCGGCCGGAAACUUAACACUUGACAACCGUUUCGUAUACCUAGCACAAUACGAUUUUACAAAUGCCAGUUGGAAAGAGAAAGCCUCUCUCGGUGAUGGCGAUACUCAACUCCCGGGUCCUGCGACUGUGGUACUAAACGACUUCUUGAUAAACGGACAAUUCUUCGUUGCUGGCUACAGAAGUAAUGGUAGUGGGUCAUAUUUGCGCAAAUGGGAUGGCAGCAGAUAUCGUGACAUAAGCAAAGGUCUUUUAACAAAUUCAACGAUCAGUCAGUUGUCUCUAGUGCCUAGCGACAGUCAGCAUAAAUCUUCGGAUAUUCUGGAUGCUGGUUGGCUUCUUCUGAUUGCUGGUGACUUGGCGCUUGAAUCAUACGGCAAUGUGAGUGCUGCAUUUUAUGAUGGCAGUACGUUGUACCCUUAUCUAAUUUCUGCGGGAGGUAAUGGAACUUCGGGGAAAAUAUUUACCAUUUUUACGGCGAUUCUUCCAGACUUUUUGAGUGGGCAUGGCGCCUUACCCGUACCAUUGGUAAUAUUGAUUUCCGUAUCAAUAUCACUAGCCUUUAUAUUCCUGCUCGUUGCAACUGGAAUGUCAGUCGUGUACUUCAGACGGCGAAGAGUGGCUAAAGACAGAACAAGUUCGCGCUAUUCUGACAAGAUGACAAUCCGUCAGAGCGAACUGAUGAAUACCAUUAAUGCCGCCACCGCCAUCAUCGGACAGAGAAAUGAUCCUCGACAGUCCGUGGUCUCGAGCAAUUUCGGAAAUAUUUCGGAUACAAAGACCUCUACUCAUCAAUCUUCGACGGCACGUAGCAAUCCCAUUGAUACUAUACCCGAGAGAACGAGAAAUUCUGAUAACAGUGAUUUGGUGCUGGCCAGAGAAAUGGCAGAAAAGAUUGCAACCGAAGAUGAAGUAAAAGAUAUACCAGCCGUUGUAAAUAACGAGGAAGGCGGUGGUAGUAAAAGUAGAGGACGAGUUUAUGAGGGUGGAGAAAUGUAUCAUGCAAGAUUUCCAUUUGUGGCAAGGGAAGAUGUAGAGUUGGGAUUUGAAGUUGGUGAUAUAAUUUACGUGACCGAUAAAAGCGAUGACGUAUGGUGGAAAGGAGUUAAGGAUGAUGGAACCGGAAAUUUUGUCACUGGAUACUUUCCGAGCACAUAUGUUGUACCAGAUGCCGAAUCAUGA